CUUCAUGGCCCAAUGGAUAAGGCGCUGGUCUACGAAACCAGAGAUUCUGGGUUCGAUCCCCAGUGAAGUCGUAUAUUUUGUCUUUUUUUUAAUUAAUUAAUUUAUUCAGCUUUCUUAUCGGAUCUACAUAUUUUGUUUUGGUUGAACAUCAAGUAGCUGCUCCUUAAUUUAAUCUCCUUCCGGCGAUGAUGUCUAUUAACAGAAUCGCCAGAGCUUUGCCCUUCUCGGGGCUCUUCAGGCAGCUUGAGAAAGAAGCUGAAACAGUGAUCAAUGUUCUGCAACCUGGCCCAUUGGGAAUCAUAGAACACAAGUUCACGGCUCAAGAGAUUCGCGAGGCUAAAGCUACAGUGUCUACAGCAGUCGAGAACUGGCGAAGACACUCUAAGCUUGACCAUGCUAAUGGCGUCUUAAAUGAUUUCAUCUCUAAGUGAAGAAAGUGAGUGAGUGUCUGUUUCCUUGGCUGUUGAAUAAAUGCCCCUUUCAUUUUGUCAAACAAUCCUUAAAGAUUAAUGAAAAAUGCAAAUCUUUCUCUA